AUGACAAUAUCAUUCGACAAAAGAAUAGUUGUUACUGGUGGAGCUGGGUUUAUUGGUAUACAUUUCCUAUACUAUAUGGUGAAGAAAUAUCCCAAUAUUCACUUUACCUGCAUUGAUAAACUAAACUAUGCCAGCAAUGUUUCUGAAAUCGAAAAACUUAAGGAAUACUCCAACUUUGAAUUUAUUCACUUGGACCUAUCAGAUAAUCUAGACAACCUCCUCAAAAUUACCAAAAAUACCACUGACAUCAUAAAUUUCGCAGCAGAAUCAUCUGUUGAUCGGUCAUUUGAAGAUCCAGUCUACUUUACCAAGAAUAAUAUACUAGCUACCCAAAACUUAUUGGAAUGCCAUCGACUAAAUCCAGGUAUCGGGUAUUUUUUGCAUAUUUCCACUGACGAAGUUUAUGGUGAUGUUUAUGAAGGUACCAAUAAAGAGAAUGCAGCCAUGAAUCCAACUAACCCAUAUUCUGCCAGUAAGGCAGCUAUUGAUUUGAUAAUAAAAUCAUAUCAAUAUUCAUACAAGUUACCAAUCACAGUACUUCGACCUAAUAAUGUAUAUGGACCAUUACAAUAUCCAGAAAAAAUCAUCCCAUUGACUAUACAGUGUAUAAACGAAAAAACACCAAUCCCAGUACAUGGUAAGGGAACUAACAAAAGAAAAUACUUGUAUGUUCUUGAUCUUGUGCAGGCUAUUGAAACUGUGUGGAUCAAAACCCCCCUAACAGUAAAUCAAAUUUAUAAUAUUGGUGGUACUGAUGAAUUGGAUAAUAUAAGUUUAAUCAAACUUAUAAUGGAGAUAUUUGGCCCUGGUGAAAUCCAAUUUAUCAAAGAUCGAAAUUACAACGACACUAACUAUUCCAUAGAUACAACAAAAAUCUAUAAUUUGGGAUGGUCUCCUAAAAUAUCUAUUGUUCAAGGUUUAAGAUUGUGCAAACAACCGCUUGACUUCCCCAUCGAAUAA